AUGCAGUACUACGCAGGCGGUACCUCGUUUAACUCGCCACAUGCUGGACCUCAUGGCCGUGACUGCUUCUGCAUCAGCGGUCCCAAACACAUAGCUCAAUCCGUUGACUGGAGCAACGAGGAGCACCAGCGUUGCAUCGCCGCUUGCCUUGUGAAGGCUACUUACAUCAUGGAGGAGGACCGGCCAAAGUGCAGGGUGUAUGACAUGGGGUUGGCGCCGCCGUGGUGGCAGAGCUUCCACUUCGAGCUGCGGGAUCGUGUAUCUUCGGUGCCGUAUUCGAGUACUGCCCCUGCAGGGUGCCAGCGCCACCCGUCGGCCCCAAACUACGUUUACGCCCUGCGCGGCACCAUGCCUCGGCACCCAAAGUCAGCCCACGACCUGUACAACGACAUCAAGGUCUUCCUCAGCGAUCUGCCGUGUUGCAGACGGACCCAGAAGGUGCGUCAGGCGGUGGCCAACAUGCUCAUCCGCAAGGGCACGGAGCGGUGCGUGUUGUGGCUGGCGGGGCACUCGCUGGGCGCGUCGCUGGCGCUGGAUGUGGGGCGGGACAUGGCGGAGCAGCACCAGGCGUACCUGCCGACCUUCCUCUUCAACCCGCCCAACGUGUCACCGAUGCCGGCCUUGAACCUCCUCAACCCGUCGGAGGUGGCGAAGAAGGACGUGUUCACGGGGAGCUACCUCGUGAAGGCGGCGCUCGGGGCCACAGUCAUGAGGUCCUACUGCACUCGCAUGGAGAAACUGUUCCAGCGCCUGUCGCCAUGGGUGCCGGAGCUGUACGUGAACGAGAGGGACAUCAUUUGUCAGGGCUUCAUCGACUACUUCGAGCAGCGACAGAAGGUGGAGGAGCGCAUAGGCGGCCUCGGCAGGGCAGCCAUGAAGCUGUCCUAUCGCGACAUGCUCUCCUCCCUCAUCGGCAGCAGCAAGGAGCAGCCGCACCUUUUGCCGUCCGCGAGGCUGUGGAAGAACUCCAACACAACAUUCGGCACGCACGACCUCAUGCAGUGGUGGAGGCCAGACAGCGACCUAAAGCUCAGCUGUAGGAAAUUCAUCUACCCCGGAGCAUGA